AUGUUGGGCGCCGCGCUACCGCCGCGGCCGCCCGGCGGCGCGCCGCCGAAGGAGCUGCCGCCGGCGGGGCAGCGGCGGCUGCCGGAUGGACGACGACCGGAUCAUUUGUGGUCUGUGCUGCACCGCCGCGAGGAGUCGCAGGGCCCCCGGCAUCGCGCUGAGAGCCGCGAGGAGGGCGGGCGCCGGGAGAGCCGCAGCCUCCCCAGCCGCCCGGAGAUGGAGAUGGAGCCCAUGCAGUACCCCGGUCAGCUGCCGCCCCUGGGCUGGGCGCCCUCGCCGAUGCCGGCCAUGGCGAUGCCUAACCUGGCGCCGGAGAAUGACUGGCGCGACUUCAAGGCCAACCUGCGGCCCCGGAUGGUCGUGGAUGGUGGCGCGGAGGCCAAAGAGUGGCUGGAGCGUCGCCUGGACUCCGCCCUCACGGAGCAGCGCGCGGAGCUUACGCGGCGCUUCGCUGGCUUCGAGCAGUCGGACAAGCACUUCAAAGACUGGGUGCAAAGAGAACAUGAACAGCUGCAUUCGCAACUCCAACAGUUGCGCGUGUCGCUGCAAGAGACGGCUUCGCAGCAGCAGCGGCUCGUAGGGAACCUGACAGCUCAAGGGCAGAAGCAAGACAUGCGUCUGCAGGAGUUGGAGGGUCAAAUGGCCCAGGCCGCAGCACAGCUGCAAGGUCUCAUGAACGCGGUGUCGGCAGGGGCGCUUCAGGGCGCCGGCGGCAACGGGGGAGGCACUGGUGAAGCUGCCAUGGGCGCCGCGGCGGUCGCCGCCUCAGCGUCGGCCAACCUGGAAGUGCUACGCGCGGGGCUGGAGCGCGAGGCGCAGCAACGGGUGCAGCUGGGGGCGGAGACGGCGGAGCAGCUGAAGCAGCUCAGCGACAUGGUCUACGAGCUGAACAGCCGGCAGCAGCAGCAGCAAAGCUCGCAGCAGCAGCAGUUGCAGCAGAACGCAGUGCAGGAAGAGAAGGACCUGGUUCGUUCGGAGGCGCGCUUCGCGGCGCUGGAGCCCUCGGUGUUGCAGCUGCGGGAGGAGCUGGAAGAGAUGCGGAAGAUGCUCUACAAAUGUGGGGCAGACUGCGCCAAGAGGUGUGAUGAGAACGAGGAGAUCUGCAACAAACGACUUGGAGGCGUCCAGGAAGCCGCCUUGAGUGCGGCCCGAGAGCUUUGGGAGGAGCAGCUUGGCCUUGGGCAUCAGGGCGUGGUGGUGGAGUGCAAGUCCAGCCUUAGCGCCUUGCAGCAGAUCUUGGACUCCAAGGACAAGAUAGCCUUGCAAUUGAGAUCUCUCCAGCAACAGCAGCGUGAAGAAGACAAGCAGGAGUUCUGGAGCCAGAUGCAGCUUCGCCACGAACAGCUUCAGGCGAAACUGGCUGACACGGAGCGCGCGCUUCAAACAGAGCAGAACACGCGGAUCGAAGAACAACAGCGAUAUGAGACAGUGUUGUCUCGCCUCGGUCUCGCCCUAGAGAAGGCGCAAGCCGCAUGGCUUCGCGACUCCGCCAAGUUGUCUCAGGAGAUUCACGAGGCCAAGCGCGACUUCAGCAUCGAGAUGGACGGCGAGACGCGCGGCGUGGCGCGGCGCCUGGCGGACGGCCUCGAGGCGCAGCAGAAGUUGGCGGACGAGUUGGAGCGAAAGCUGGCGCUGGCCAAGGUGAUGGGAUGGAGGAUGAUGGCAUAG